GGUUGGGGCCCCGCCCCCUCCGCUCCUGCCCUCACAGUCAGGCAGGGACCGGCCCCGCCCCAGCUGUUUGGCGUGACGGCUACGCACCCCCCCCAGGUGCUGGUGACCUUCGAGGAGGUGGCUGUGUAUUUCACCAGGGCCGAGUGGGCUCUGCUGCCCCCUGCUCAGAGAGCCCUCUACAGAGCCGUCAUGCAGGAGAACUAUGAGUACAUGACCUCACUGGAAUGUCCAGUUCCCAAGCCUGAUGUGAUUUCCCAGCUGGAACAAGGGGAGGAGCCGGGGGUCCCAGAGCUCCAGGGCUUUGUGGAUGGAGAGAUCCCAACAGGUGCCUGUGCAGGUGCUGGGAUGGGGAGUGAGAACCAGGAACUGAGCCCUCAGCAGGCAGAUGCCAAGCGAGUGGAACCACAUGGGGGAUUAGCACAAGGCUCCAAAGGGAAUGGAUCCAGGCGUUGUGCGCAGGGGGCAGCCUGUGGGAGUCAGCACAGGCCAGAGUGGGAGCACGGCAACCUGCCCAGUGAGGAAGUGGAUGAAUCCAUUAAUUAUCAGGGAACUGACCAAGAUCUCAAGGAAACCACAGCCCAGAACAGAAUAACUUCUGGAGAAAGAAAAAACUCAUGCAUGGAGUGUGGGAAAAUCUUCACUCUGAACUCCACCCUCAUUAAACAUCAGAAGAUCCACAUGAGAGAGUGCCCCUAUACAUGCAGUGAGUGCGGGAAACAGUUUAGGGAGAAUUCAAAACUCACUGAACAUCAGAAAAUCCACACAAAAGAGAGACCCUACGAGUGUCGUGAGUGUGGGAAAAGCUUCACUCGGAGCUCAACCCUUACGAGACAUCAGAGGAUGCACACAGGAGAGAGACCGUAUGAAUGCCUUGAGUGCGGGAAGAAAUUCACUCAGAGCUCAAUUCUUAUGAACCAUGAAAGAAUGCACACAGGAGAGCGACCCUAUAUAUGCUGUGAAUGCGGGCAAACUUUCUCACAUAGCUCAGCCUUAUAUAAACAUGAGAAGAUCCACACAGGAGAGCGCCCCUAUGAAUGCUGUGAGUGUGGGAAACAAUUCAUUGAGAAAUCAAAAUGUAUUAAACAUCAGACAAGCCACACAGGAGAGAGACCCUACGAGUGCUGUGAGUGCGGGAAACACUUCAGUGAGAAAUCCAGCCUUACCAAACAUCAGACAAGCCACACAAGAGAGAGACCCUAUGAAUGCAGUGAGUGUGGGAAAUGUUUCUCGCGGAGUUCCUCCCUUAUUAGACAUCACAGGAUCCACACAGGAGAGAGACCUUAUAAAUGCUGUGAGUGCGGGAAGAAGUUUACUCAGAACUCAGGCCUUAUUAAUCAUCAGAGAAUUCAUGCAGGAGUGCGACCCUAUACAUGUGGUGAGUGUGGGAAACACUUCAGUGAGAAAUCAAACCUUACUAAACAUCAGACAAGCCACACAAGGGAGAAACCUUAUGAAUGCUGUGAGUGCGGGAAAAAGUUCACUUGGAGCUCCUCCCUUAUUAGACAUCAGAUGAUUCAUAUAGGAGAGUGAUCUGAACAUGUGAGUUCGGAAACACUUUUCUUUAAAACUCAGCCCUUUUUAAACAUAAGAGAAUUCACAGAGGAAAGCACCAUAUGCACACUGUGAAUGUAGGAGAAGUUUCAUUUGGAACCCACAUCUUAAGAGAUUCAGAUUCUUCACAGGACAGAUGAAUACCAUAAAAACUUUGUCUAGGGCUUCCAAAAGCCACUUGUUAAUUCCCACACAGUGACCUUUUAGGGUUGUGUGCACCUUUUGCAUUAGGGAUGUUAAAUAUUGGUUAAUUGAAUAGUCAAUUAACCUAAUUAAUUCUUCUUGAUUACUGGACUAUUCUAUAGUCCUCGGGGGGUGGGGCCAGUAGCCAGUGCACUCCAGCCCCACUCCUGAGGAGCCCCCUGCCACUCCACACUGUUGCCUCUGUAUCA